AAACAGCUGAUUGUAAAAUAAUUUUAUUUUUGUUAUUUAAAAAUUGAGCCAUGUUAAGCUUACGUCGUUUAGCACAAAGUUGUUUUACUAAUAAACGACACAUAUCCGCACUUUAUAUAACCGGCGAUAAGGCAAAUGAGAACUAUGUAACACUGCAGCCUUAUUUGGACUUUGCCGGCACAUUUCGAGAUCGUGCAACUUUGGAGCAGAGCAUCGCCAGCCGUGGUCUGGACAUUAAACUGGAAACAGUACUCCAAAAGUACCAACAAUAUCAGACACAUCAUGAGCAACUGCAGCGGCUGCACGAGGAGCGUGAUUUGAUAUCAAAACAACUGAAAUCGGGAGUAAAGGAAGGCAAGGAAGAGGAGCAACUAAAGACUUUACGGGAGCGUGGCAAAGCGUUGCGCAAUGAGGUCAAAGCAAUCAAGCUAAAAUUGUAUCCCAUUGAGGAUGAUUUCAUACAUGACUUUCUGCAGCUGCCCAAUCGUCUGCACGCUCAGUGUCCGCCCAAGGAUCAGCUGAAACUCAUCUAUCGCCAUGGAGUGCCUGAAAAAAACAGACAAAUCACUUGCCACUUGGAGCACACGGAACUGCUGCAUUUUAUAGACAACAAUCGUUACUAUCUGUUGGAGCAGGCAGCACAUUUCGACAUAAAUGCCAUGCAGGCAUUAACAAAUUAUUUGGUUACCCGGGGGGAUUUUAUUCCCACCUCCAAUCCGGACUUUGUGCGCUGUGUGCUGCUGGAGGCGAAUGCCACGCCCCUGGCGCAUUAUCAUCUCGUUAAAGAGGAGCAUUUGCAGAAUAAAUUAAAUGUGGCUUAUUUAACGGGCGGCGGUGCUUUUGAGAGUUUCCUGGGUGCCAUGACGAAACUCUGUGUUUAUCCAUCGGUGCUUCCCCUGAAAUACGUUGCCUGUGGACGCAGCUAUAACCGCGAGGAGGGAAAACUCUAUGGACCCACGGCAAGUCUCUAUACGGCCACCCAAACAAAUGCCGUGCAGAGUUUUGUGGCCACUUUGAAAGCUGAAGAAGCCGAAGAACAAAUGGAGCAGCUGCUUAAUUUGGCCAUAGAUUUCUACAAAGCACUGGAUGUGCCCUUCCGUGUGACUUACAGCCCGGCGGAUAGUUUGACGCCUUCGGAAACACUCCGUGCCAGCCUGGAGGUUUAUGCGCCAUCUUUGAAGCGUUAUAUUACAGUGGGACGCAUCAGCAACUAUGGCAACUUUGUCUCCAAGCGUAUUCUCUUCAGCUCAAGACGUGAGAAACACUAUGAUUUCCUACAUCUGGUGGGCGGACCUUUACUAUAUACCACAAAACUGAUUGGAGCACUCAUAGAGCUGGGUGUUGAUCUGAAAACCUGUCAAUUAUUGGGCAAACCGAGCUCACAACAAAUGACACAGCAACAAAAGGAUUUGCAAGAGUUUAAGGAUCUUUUCAAAUAAAUAAAGUUCCUUGCGAAACAUUUUA